AUGUUCCCGCUCGAUGGCCCAGAAAGCUUCGGCUCCGGCCCCGGCGAGGGCCGCCCUCCCUCGCGUCUCCACUACAAGUCCCCCGCCUCCGAAUGGUCAGAGGCGCUACCAAUCGGCAACGGGCGGCUGGGCGCCAUGGUCUAUGGGCGAACUUCCACCGAGCUCUUGCAGCUGAACGAGGACUCGGUGUGGUACGGCGGGCCGCAGGACAGGACCCCAAAAGACGCCUUCCGCCACCUACCGAAACUCCGACAGCUCAUCCGAGAUGAAAAACACGCCGAGGCCGAGUCCCUCGUUAGGGAGGCCUUCUUCGCGACACCCGCCAGCAUGCGGCACUAUGAGCCGCUUGGCACUUGCACAGUCGAGUUUGGUCACGCCAUCGAGGAUGUGACGGACUAUCGCCGAUAUUUAUGUCUGGAUACCGCGCAGACGACUGUCGAAUACCAAUAUCGAGGUGUCUCUUACCGUCGAGACGCCAUUGCCAGCUUCCCAGAUAAUGUAUUAGCGUUCAGAAUCACGGCGUCUGAGGCCACUCGUUUCGUCAUUCGGCUGAACCGAGUCAGCGAGGCUGAAUGGGAGACAAACGAGUUCCUCGACAAUAUUGACGCAAAAGACGGGCAGAUUACACUGGCUGCAACGCCUGGCGGACGGAACAGCAACCGGCUGUCCAUCACCCUCGGGGUUUCUUGUGAUGACGCGCAGGGGUCCGUAGAGACUGUCGGCAACUGCCUGGUGGUAACCUCCUCCGCCUGUUCCAUUGUCAUUGGCGCUCAAACAAAGUUUCGAGAAAAUGACCCCGAAGAAGCCGCUAGGAGUAACGUCCUUGAAGCGUUGGGGAACCCGUGGAAGAAACUGGUUGAGCGUCAUCAAGUGGACUAUCAAAACCUCUUUGAAAGAACAGCACUUCGCAUGUGGCCAGAUGCCUACCAUCUUCCGACAGACGAGCGAAUCAAGCAAAACCGAGACCCGGGACUGGUUGCCCUGUACCAUCACUAUGGUAGGUAUCUACUCAUCUCGUCAAGUCGGAACUCCGUAAAGGCGCUGCCAGCGACGUUGCAAGGCAUUUGGAACCCUUCCUUUGCUCCUCCCUGGGGAUGCAAGUAUACCAUCAACAUCAACCUGCAGAUGAAUUAUUGGCCGGCCGGACCGUGUAAUCUGACUGAAUGUUCUAUUCCGAUGCUUGAAUUACUGGAGCGAAUGGCGGAGCGGGGAAAGAAGACAGCGAAGGCCAUGUACGGCUGUGACGGAUGGUGCGCGCACCACAACACAGAUAUCUGGGCAGAUACAGACCCCCAAGAUCGAUGGAUGCCCUCCACUCUCUGGCCUCUCGGUGGUGUCUGGGUAUGUAUUGACGUAUUUGAGAUACUGCAGUAUCAGUAUGAUGAGACCCUUCACAAACGAGCGGCCGCGGUUCUGGAGGGCUGCAUCACUUUUCUACUUGACUUCCUGACGCCGUCAGCUUGCGGCAAAUACUUGGUCACAAACCCGUCGCUGUCACCCGAGAACACGUUCAUAUCCGAAUCGGGCAGUCCUGGUAUUCUUUGCGAAGGUUCCGCAAUCGAUAUGACCAUUGUCGGAAUUGCAUUCAAGAAGUAUCUUUGGAGCACUGAUAAACUGCGCACUGAUAGCCAGUUGCGAACGAGGGUGAAAGAGACCCUCGGCAGGGUGCCCGAGCUGUCGACCAACGCUGAUGGCUUGAUUCAAGAGUGGGGAGUAAAGGAUCACAAAGAGCUGGAGCCGGGCCAUCGACAUGUCUCCCACCUGUUCGGACUAUACCCGGGAGAAAGCAUCAGCCCGGUGAGAUCUCCAGAGCUGGCGGCUGCUGCCAAAAGAGUACUGGAACGAAGAGCAGCACAUGGCGGCGGACACACGGGAUGGAGCAGGGCUUGGCUGCUCAAUCUCCAUGCUCGACUUCUCGACGGUGAAGGUUGCGGGCAGCAUAUGGACAUGCUGCUCAAGAGCUCAACGUUGGCCAACAUGCUCGACAAUCACCCGCCGUUCCAGAUUGAUGGCAACUUUGGUGGGUGUGCCGGCAUUCUCGAGUGUUUGGUGCAGUCGAGUGUCUUGCAAGAUACAACGGAGGCGCAUUUUGUCGAGAUUCGACUUCUCCCGGCGUGUCCCAAAAACUGGCCCAAUGGUGAGCUUUCACGGGCCCGAACCAAGGGCGGCUGGCUCGUGACGGUGAAAUGGCGGAACGGCAGCAUCACGGACCCGGUAUUGGUGGAGUACCCUAAUGCGACAAAUGCCGAGGCUCAAAUAGUGUUCACCGAUGGUUCCCGGACUAUCGUGCGUGGCGGCGCGCCUAUGUCCAAGCAUUAUAUAGAGCGCCAGGUGCAGCAAGGCUAG